AUGGAUAGAAGAGACCAGUAUAAGACAACUGGCAGUGACAUAGCAUCGCAAAGAAGUAAACGAAGGGAUCAGGAAUCUGAAAUUCGGAAGCAAAAACGCGAAAAACUUUUGAGCUCGAAGCGUAUUCGUUUUUCAGAGGUGGAGGGCAACUGGAAUGCUGAAGAGUUUACGAUUGAGCAAGUACAACAGUUGGCAAGGGCAAUCCAGAAAUCUGACAAAAAUAAUCUUAACAAUCUUAAAAACUUACGAAAGGCAUUUUCUCAAGGCAGUGAACUCAUAAGCGCUUUUUUGAUGGUAGAAAACAGCUUGCGAUCCAUGGUGGGACAUUUGACUGGAAACAAUGCUCAGUUUCAAUUUGAAGCAGCUUGGUGCAUUACGAACUUAGCUACGGGAGAUCACGAGGAUACUAUGAAAGUGCUGAAAGCUUCCGCUGUUUACUUGAUCACGUAUCUCAGUGGACAGAAUGUUCAACUUCAAGAUCAAUGUGCCUGGGCAUUAGGGAAUUUCUCUGGUGAUUCGCAGGAGUGCAGGGAUAUUUUACGUGCACAAGGGAUUAUUGCACCAAUGGUCAAUCUUUUAAAGGUAUUUACCUUUAGGCAGCCGUGAAUAAUAACUCGUAGUUUAUGUUCUCCAGGUCUUCUCAGUGGUGUGUCAACCCCAAGUAGGGCAUAUUUAGGUGCAGUUAACCUGUGAUCAGUUGUUUUGCCUCAUACAUUUAGGGGGUGUUUACAUGACACCGGGGCGACUUUAGCCCCGGAGCAAGUUCACUCCAGUUCCCUCUCAUGGCUCUAUAUUUAUUUACAUGAUACCACCACAAAAUGUCAUGCCGGUGUGAGUCACCCCAGUGUGUGUUCACCCCGGUUCUUGUACCGGGGCAAGAAUUUCACUCGGGUAUGAAAUCUCGCAGCGGUAUCAUAAAAAUGCGAAAUGACCACCCGUUUCAGUGUUAAAUCAGUCUGCCGGUAGACUGGAGCAGGUAGCGCAUGUGUAAUGUUUGCGAUUUUGAAUCGCACAUGUAUUUUAUCAACAUGAAGUGUACCUUCAAAUAAUGAGAUAUGAAAUGACCCAGUAAUCAUGUAAACACAAUAUGAAAUCAAAAAGUCGUCCUGGUAUGAGAAUCGCACCGGUGAGAGUCUUCUCAUGUAAACACCCACUUACUCCAUGAGUCGUCUGCCACCCCCUAAUGAAGGCAUCUGUCAUCAUUUGUGUUAUCGUGUCAGAUUUUACCUGAACCUCAAGCGGUUUGCAACCCAGGUGGCUAAUCGAAAUGUAUUUGUCUGCUUUCCAGGUGAACGCUAAGUUGAUACAGUAGUUGUUAGCAGAAGUCGUAGAUUUUAAGGACCAAUUUAUCACUGCUGUUAUUGUGAAUCUUGCCUUAUCGAUACCAUGUGGUACCUUUGUUCAAGCCGUCAAGUAAAACAAAUUAAAAAUUCAUUGCAAACAAUAGUGAAAUACACAAUUCUGUAUUUUACUGGCAUAUGUCAAAAGUAUAGGAAUUGAUUUUGCAGCAACAAAUCUUUCAUGGUCUUUCAUCAGGUUGCAAAAGUGCGGGUGUAAAAUUGUCAAUAAUUAUUGUUUUACGCCUGCCUGGUCUGACCAAGAAAGUGUCAAAGGAGAAAUAGCAGAUAUCCUUACUGGUGACAAAUAACAACUCGUCCUCAUCAGCUGUCAAGGUUAUUCUCUGUGCAUUGUUGUUUUGAUUCACUAAAAAAGUAUUCAUCUUUUUCUUUUUAAAAGACCUAGCUUUGCUUACUGUUAAAAGAAUUCCUUGAUCAUCUCGGGGUUCCUGUCAUGAAGAGACGAAGGUGACAAAACCUAUCUAAUUGCACCGGAAGUCAGAUAUGUUGCUUGUAACCAAUCGCUGCAGGGCCCCAAAGGAUCUUUUGGUUUUUAAACAAUCAGACAAAAGUCCAGAUUCUGGACUACAGGCAGAUGAUGCGUAAAGUAAAAUUUCAGGCGUCCUUUUCCCCUCGUCUUCCAAACAAAAGGGAAGAGGGACCGCCUGAUUACUGGUUAAGGGGGAGUGGGCCAGAGGGGGACUCCGAUACGAAAAUGACAUACCGUUAUUACCUGUAGCCAAAAUGAAUCAAGAUAGCGAGUGUUAUUCAUUAAAGCUAGAUCCAAAAACUGUGCAUUUGUUGUAGUGAUCUUAAGUUUAAAGCUCUGUUGAGUCAGAAAAGAAACAGUGGACUGGAAAACUUUCAUCAAAAUAUCUUAAUGUGGAGUAACAUGUGCUUAUCUUGUUUGUUUGUUUGUUCAGUGCCCAAUUUCAACAGUUGUACAGUCAGCAGCAUUCGCCCUUUCAAAUCUGGCCCGAGGAGAGCAAGUUGUCGCAGAAGAGAUGAUACAAGCAGGCAUAGCACCUUCUGUCAUCAGCCUUCUUACACCAGGGACCAGCUCUGUGGAUGUGGCUUCCGAGGUUGCUUGGGUGCUGUCAUACUUGACAUCUAAACCCCAGUGUGUGGCAGUGUUUGUAUCAGGGGGUGUUAUUCCCAUUCUUGUUCAGUUUCUGGGUUCUCUAGCACAAGAGACGCCCCAUAACCCUCAAGCAGUGACACCAAUGCUGCGAAGCUUAGGUUAGUUAACAGCACUAGUAUGUAAUGACUUACAGCUCUCUAGGGUGUGUGCAUGUGUGUGUUUUUUGCAGGGUGAGUCAAGUCUUUCAAACAGCGUAUCCUAGAAGUGUGUGCAUGCUGAUCGAACCACAGUGUAAACUGUGUGUAAAGUGAUGAUUUGAAGUGAAGUGUCUUAUCUAACCCCAAAAAACUCAAUAAGCUGUCUUCCAUUUAUUUUGAAAAAAUUUUUAUCAGGGAACAUAGCCAGUGGCCCUGAUGAGUACGGGACUCAAGCAAUGCAAAGUGGUGAGCUGGUCAUUGCAAUGACAUCAUUUCUGGAGUCCACACAUCGACAUAUAAAGAAAGAGAGUUUAUGGGUAUUGUCCAAUCUGACUGCCGGACCUACAGAACACAUUGAUGCCUUCAUUCAAGCUGGAACACUACCUCUUGUUGUGAAUUUAAUGUCAUCAACUUUUGACAUCAAAAAAGAGGUAUGAGGUAUAGAUUCCAUCUAUAGUUUUUUUCUUAAUUUUCUUUGAUUUUGUUGUGGUGUAGGCUAUAGGCUCUCAGUACUUGCUUUUCGUCUCCAAAAAGUCGGGCAUGAAAAUUUGGUAUUGUCCUCUCGGUUGAUUAAUUAUCACAAUCAAAAUAUUGAAAGCUGAUGUUAAAAUGCUGGCUCGUCUUCAGAGCGAAACCAUCCCAAUUUUGUGUUUCACUUCCCCACCACACAGUACUGUAGUUUCUUUAGAAACUACAGUAACUUCUUCAUCCACAAACUUAAAUUCUGGAAAAGGUUAGUUAUGUAAUGUUUAAUAAAGGAGCGGGAGGGUUUUAUCGGGGUAUAAAGCCAUGAGGCGAAACCAAGUGGUUCUAUACUCAAUCAAACCUGAACCGCGAGUUUAUUGAACGACUUCAAAAACAUCCUGGAAAAGCGUGUCUCAAUGUAUUUUACAAUAAUGAGGCUUUUGUGAAUGAUGGAAAUUAGGAUAUGAAAAGAACAUUACUUAUGAAAUUAUUAUGUAAGAAAAUCAAAUCUCACACAUGUUUAGAAAUUUUCCAGUCUACGAACGACACGGAAGCGGAAGCCUAAAAAUGCCAAGGAAGAGAGGAAGUUAAUUGAAAAUGGUACCCCAAAGUCAACUAUUCCACUGAAAAAAUAUUCUUUGAAAAAAUUUUUCUGAAAUGGCUGAAUGGUAGGUAAACAAAAAUCCAGUACUCGAGCGUUGCGUAUUCACAACUGGCAAGUCUUAAGUGCAAUGUUUGGACACUGCUAUAGAUUGUUUUCACUGUCAUGCAACAAAAAAAUAAAUUGGAAACCAUCCAGUGGAAGAAGCCUAGAAAAUGAAAUGUUAUAAAAGACUAAUAAAAUUAUAUAAACAAUUUGUCCAAGUCUCAGGUCUUUGUGGCCCACAGUUUCUGAGUUAUUAGGCAAAACGUUUCACACACUUUUGUAGAGCUUUGUAUGGAGAUGCCAUAUUGGUGUACCAUUUCAACGAGAUAGCAUUCCUAUUUUGGUGUCAUGCACUGUGAAAACUCGAAAGUUCAAAUUGCGGUAUUUUUGAAAUGAAACAUGCUACAGGAUUGGAAACUAGUACAAAAUUUACUUUUUGUUUAUCUUCAAGCUAGUGUAAAUAAGAAUUCAUAAAACCUUGCUAUUUUGACUUUACAAUUUGAUGACGUCACUGUGAAAACCAUCUAUAGCCAAUAUUACCGCUGUGUCACUGAACUUUUGGCUGAUGAAAUUGGUGAAAGCACAAAGUUUAACUUUUUGCAAUAGUAAAUUUACUGCGUCUUUUCUUUUGAAAGAACAUUAAAUAUUCACCCACCAAAUUUUGUUGUGUCAGUUGCUGUGCUGAUAAUUAAUAUUCAUAGAUCAUGUGCAUGUCAUCCUUAUUAGUAUUUUUUAUAUAAAUAAUACUAAUGAGGAUGAAAUUUGUAAAGUUUAACAGUGUUUUACUGGGGUUUAAAACAUGAGCACGUGAUGGAUUUUAACAGACGUGAUAGGUUGUUGAGCUCAUGAAUUAUUGAUGAGUUUUUGAAGGUGUAGCAGUGAAGCAGCUUAGCAUAGAUCCGGCUUUGUCACUCUAAGUUACACCCUUUCCCAAACCCUACACAGCAUAAUACACAAUACAACAGGAGAGUAAUGCUCUAUAGCUUUAAUUUGAAUGGUGACACUUUAGGAUCAUCAUCCACAGACUCAAAAGUUACUCAGUCACCUCGUACAAGAUAAUACACGUACUUCUACAACGAGAAAUUACGGCUCAGUAGCUUUCAUUUAAAUGGUCACACUUUAGGAAUCAUUACAGUUCCAAAGGCUUACUAGCCCUCUCUUAUAUGAACGUCUUCAAGAAUUUCCCCAAUUUAUCUCGAGUUGGUUAUGCAAUAUAAAAACUAAAAGGUUGAUGCAACAAGGACACUGUUGUGCGGUCUAGAGGGUCUGGAGUUAUUCUAACCUGUUCAUUUUUUUGUGUAUAAAACAGGCCUGUAUCUGCUUGUGUAAUGUUGCACAUCAUGGACCAAUGUAUGUGAAAAAUGUUCUUGACCUUGGAGCUAUGAAUUCCUUUAUCAACAUUAUUAAAUCUCCUGACCCAGAUACCAUUAUCACCGGUCUUCAGUUUAUUGAGAUGGCACUGAGAAACUUUCCAGCUUCAAAAGAAAUGUUUGAGGUUGCUGAGGGUGUGGCAUGUUUAGAGGCACUAGAAUACAGCGAUAACGAAAAUGUUGCCCAGUAUGCUAAUGAGCUUUUGGACACUUACUUCAUGGAGGAAGAACCUGAUGAGGAACAUAGCGGAGUCAACGAGACUGAACAAGGAGAGGCAUUGUCAUGGAGAUACCAAGACAGUGAGAUGACAACAUAG